GCAAACCCAACCCAGACUCCAUCAAACUCGCAUACAACUCUUCCUUUUAAUCUCUUGCGAAACGACAUGACUCAAAGCCCACCGACACAAAACGACACAUGCCAAGCCAUAGACUCACUAACCCCUACGACAUUGUUUCCACUAAUAAUACAAUACCUUCGUCUUCCUCGGUACCUCCGUCUCCUUCUUCACAACUUUCACCACCAGAACUAAACUCUUCUUCUCCACCCAGCAACUCUGCUCUCGCCACACAACCAACCCAACAACCACCUGCUGCUGAAGAACUCCCUGAGCACCGUCCUCAUCGAAUGGUCACACGAUCCCAGAACAAUAUCGUAAAACCGAAGAAGAAUCCCGAUGGAAUCGUUCGGUAUCCUCUACCACAAACCUUUCUUGCUGCAGGUAAGGUUCCAGAGUCACCAACCUGCUAUUCCGAAGCUUCCAAACACAGUGAAUGGCGUGCUGCCAUGGAUGAAGAAUUCACUGCGCUCAUGAGUAAUGGAACGUGGUCCUUAGUUCCUGCCAAACCCGGACUCAAUGUCGUCGGUUCCAUGUGGAUUUUCAAAUCCAAGCGCAAGUCCGAUGGUUCUCUUGAACGAAGAAAAGCGAGACUCGUUGCCAAAGGAUAUCACCAACAAUAGGGAAUUGACUUCGAUGAUACUUUUAGCCCCGUGGUAAAGCCCACGACCAUUCGAAUCAUGCUCAGCUAUGCUGUCUCAAACCAGUGGGCGAUCCAUCAAAUUGAUAUAAAAAACGCUUUCCUUCACGGCAACUUAACUGAAGAAGUUUACAUGCAACAACCCCUUGGCUAUGUGCACCCCAGCUUCCCAAAUCACAUUUGCCGACUACACAAGGUCCUAUACGGACUGAAACAGGCUCCA